UCUUUAUAAUUUGAUUUUACCGUAAAAAAAAAAAGCACAAAAGUUGCCAUGUUUUGCUUAGUAGCUUACCCCUAACCCCAAAACGUGCCUAUAAAAAUCACAUCCUCGAUUGCCGGAGUUACCCCUCCGGUUUCCCCCAAAUACGCCAUUUCCGUCGUAGCAAACCCUGACUAGUCACUACUCAAAUAAAAUAUGAAGACAAAAUCUUAUAAAUAUUAGGAGGAAAUCGUGAAUCCGAUCGCGACGUCCGAUGGAUAGCGAAGCUAAUCAGAGAUGGAUUAAGUAUUAUUCAUCAGCCCACAAUAUACUCUUAGUUGGCGAAGGCGACUUCUCAUUUUCUCGGUGUUUGGGGAUGGCUUUUGGCUCUGCUACUAACAUCGUCGCCACUUCUCUCGACUCUUACGAUGUAUUACUCAACAAAUACAAGUCUGCGAAAGACAAUUUGGUGAGUUUGGGAAAUCUAGGGGCGUCUUUGUUACACGGAGUGGAUGCAACCAAAAUGAUGACUCAUCCUCAGCUCCAAUACAAGAAAUUUCACCGGAUUAUUUAUAACUUUCCUCAUGCUGGUUUUCAAAAGAGGGAAGAUCAUCCGGUCAUGUUGAUGAUGCAUAGGGAGCUUGUCCGUGGAUUCUUACUGAACGCUAGCAGCAUGCUGGAUUUUGAUGGCGAGAUUCAUGUGAGGCACAAAACGACGGCACUCUUUGACAGGUGGAAAAUAGAGGAUCUGGGAUCGGACUGUUCAUUAGUUUGUAUCGCGCAAGAUGAAUUCAGGAUAGAAGACUAUCCUGGGUAUAAUAACAAAAGGGGGUCGAGUUCCAGAGCUGAUGAGCCGUUUCCACUAGGCGCUUCAAAGACCUAUAGGUUCAGACUGUGCCCCGUUGCUGUGAAUAGUCUGAUAAUGAGGAAGCUGCAUUUGAUGCCUCAGAUGUGCACGAGUGCUCCCGCUGGUGUGCAACAGCAGGUUCCAAUGGCUCCUUUCACACCUCAGGUGUUUUCAACUCAUCCCCUCGUCGUGCAGCCCCAGCCUCCGUUCAUGAAUGUUCAUGAUGAAUGCCUGAGAAUAUUUGGGAGAUAUUUAAAGCAUGUGGAGGAAACAUUUGGAGACACUAGUUAUGAUGUGUGGCAUUCAGUGGUGGACGCCUUGUGGUGUGGUUACGAGAUGUACAUGAGCAAUGCUGCACCGGGGACUGGGACACCACCGUCGAGUGGUUUUAUCAGCAUUUUGGAAGAACUUCACCGUUUGAGCAGUUCAAGAUACGAACGACUGAGGCAGUCGUUGUUUCGUCAUGAUUUGAGGUAAAGUUGCUGGGAAAAAAAAUUCAUCUCUCAACUGUAAAAACAUCUUUUUGCCAUUAACUUUGGAUGGAAAUCUCUGGAGAAACUUGUUAGUAUAUCCGGCUGGAAUCACUGGUAUGGUGGUGAGGAGUUUAUGCUGAUACUUGACAACUGACUCUGUAAGUUAUAAAGUUUAUUUUACUGUAAAUGUUGCACGCUUUGAAUUCAAUAUAUCUCAAAAUAUUGGGUA